AUGGCGAAUUAUCGAAAAUUAAAAGUGCAUGAAGUCGGAACAGAUACUUACAUUGACUAUGACGCGAAUUUUCAACGAGUACCGUGCGCAUGCGCUUUUCAUCCUAAUAAUGACUUAUGUGCGAUCAGCUACGAUAAUGGUAAAAUACGUAUUUAUUCAACCUAUAACGAUAACCUCAAAUUAGUCAAAGAAUUGACAUGCCAUUCACAAUGUAUAUUUGCUAUUGCCUGGAUAAGCGAUAGAUUGUUAUGUGCAACAUCGGGUGACCAAACAACAGUAAUUUAUGAUACUGAAACAGGUGGCGAAAUAGAUUUAUUACGUGGCCAUACCAUGAGUGUACGGAGUGUAUGUAAACUAUACUAUAGUACAAAUGUUCUAGCAACAGGUGGCCGAGAUUCUAUAAUUAAUAUUUACGACCGACGUUAUUCAAAGAAGCAAGGCGCUUUACAUCCUAUUAGUUCAAUCGCUUGUGCUCAUAUAAGUUCGACAGCAUUGCAAAAAUCAGCACGAAAAGAUACACGUAGCGUAACAGCCGUAGAAUUUCAAGAUGAACAUAAUUUAUAUUCAUGUGCUUGUGCUGAUAGUGCACUUAAAGUUUGGGACCUUCGUUAUACAUAUUCACGUUUAAAUACAAAUCAUACGCCCAAACCAAAGCGUAUGCUUUGCGUACCCAAUGAUGAUGUUAAAUCAAUCAAUCGUCUCACCGGUUUUUCUGAUAUGAAAAUGGAUUCGAAUCGAAUGGUACUUUUUGCUAAUUGUACAAAUAGCAAAAUAUAUCAAUUUGAUCUUCGCGAAGAUGUUUAUGUAUCGUCGUCGAAAAUUCAAUCUUAUACAGGACAUCGUGUCGGGUCGUUCAAUAUUAAAAUAGCUCUUAGUCCACAUGAUCAACUUUUAUUAACCGGUUCUAGUGAUUUUUAUGCAUAUAUUUAUCGAGUUAAUCAACCACGAAUAGAACCGAUGAAAAUCGAACAUAAUUUUGAAGAAGUAACUGCUAUUGCUUAUCAUCCAACAAACCCAUUUUCAUUUAUUACGUGUUCUGAUGAUUUCCAAGUUCGUCUUUGGUCACUAUCAUUGGAUAAUGAAAUUUCCACAUUGUCACCUUCAUUACCAAAUAUCUAUUCUGUAAACAAUCAAUCGCAUAAUAUUGCUACACUUCUACGGCAACGUCAAUAUGGUUUAACAAAUCGUAAAGCAAUUCUUUCAUCAGUCUUUCAUACAGCUUAUUCUCCAACACGUUUAUUAUCGUGUACAUCCAAACGGAAAUAUUCUUUAGCAGAUAAAACAAUUUACAAUAGUAGUCGAAAAAGAACGGUAUCAGAAAAUGAUGAAAAUCGUCGCGAUAAUACCAACGAACAAGCAUCGAAACGUUUAUGUCGUUCGUCCGAAUGGAUUUUUGAUGAUUCACAAUUAACACUGUUUAAAUCCAUGUCAACUAUUGAUAAUCGAACGUCAAUUGUUGAUGAACAACAAGCAAAUUAUUUAUUAUCGAAAUCAGAUGGAUUCUUAUCAAAUAGUAAUAAUAAUAAUAAUCGACGUUAUUCAUCAGAUAAACAACAAACACUUGACACACUUGCAACUCUUGUUCUUUCCCAAUAUCAAUUUAUAUUUCAUUCGAAAAUGUCCACUUUCGAUGCAAAUAAAAUAAAUGAUAGUCCAUUUCGUCUUGGUUCCAGUGACGUCGAUUGGUGUGAACCAAAUUAUGUUGUCAGUCAAUAUAUAGCCGAAUUUUGGAAUACAGUUUCCAAUAUAUUCUUCUUUUUGGUUCCACCAUUCUCGAUUAUAUUAUUUUCAUCCUAUUCAAGACGAAUUGCAAAUGGUAUAACAGUACUUUGGCUUUUAUUAAUUGUUAUUGGCAUCGGUUCAAUUUAUUUUCAUGCUACACUGAGUCUUGCUGGACAGCUAAUCGAUGAAAUAUGUAUUCUGUGGGUACUUAUGGCAGGCUAUGGACUAUUUUUACCGGCAGUUUAUUUACCUCAAUCAUUACGUGUUCAACGAAAGCGAUUUAUCUACAGUUGCAUUAUGAUCACUGUAGCCAUAACUUGUCUUACAGUAGUUUAUCCAUAUGCAAACUCAUUUGCUCUAAUGAUUCUCGGUUUACCAGCAAUUGGAUUCAUGCUUUUACAUCUUUCGAGAUGCGAUAAUCGUCGUAUUAAAAAUCUUGGUAUUCAUUGUAUAGGAAUGUGGGUUGUGGCUGUUACGAUAUGGCUCAGUGAUCGCAUGUUUUGUUCAUUUUGGAUUUCAAUCUCAUUUCCUUAUUUACAUUCCAUAUGGCAUGUAAUAAUUUUAUUUAGUAGUAACGAAGCGAUUGUUGUCUGUGCAUAUUUAAUUGUGAAACAUCAAUAUCCGCAGGCCAAUCUUGUUGUACACGUAUGGCCAAAUGAAAAUUGGGGUUGGUUUACUUUGCCAUAUUUACAAUUUCACGAUGAUACAAAUUAUUUAUCGUCAUCGCCAUCACCAUCAACGAAUAAUCUCAUAACAAAAUCAAUUGUUUAG